GGCCUGGAAACUAAGGAUCCUUUUAAAACCCUAGAGCCACUCUGAUUGAUCAACCCUUUUCGCGCAAAGACCUCCGCAGCCGCAACUUCCACCAUCUGAGCAAGAAAGAAAUGAGUGCGGAAGGAGUCAAGGCUAACCCGGUGGUUCCGGAGUCCGUGUUGAAGAAGCGGAAAAGGAACGAAGAAUGGGCUCUGGCUGAGAAAAAAGAUCUAGUGGCUGCGAAGAAGAAGAAUGCUGAGAACAGGAAACUGAUCUUUAACAGGGCUAAGCUCUAUGCCAAGGAGUAUGAUGAGCAGCAAAAGGAGUUGGUUCGUUUGAAGCGCGAGGCUAGACUCAAGGGCGGAUUUUAUGUCGACCCUGAGGCCAAACUUCUGUUUAUUAUCAGGAUCCGAGGUAUCAAUGCUAUUGACCCAAAGACUAAGAAGAUUCUGCAGCUUCUGCGUUUGAGACAGAUUUUCAAUGGUGUCUUCUUGAAAGUGAACAAGGCAACAUUGAAUAUGUUACACAGAGUGGAGCCAUAUGUUACAUAUGGGUACCCCAACUUGAAGAGUGUUAAAGAACUCAUUUACAAGAGAGGCUUUGGAAAACUCAACAAACGAAGAACUGCUUUGACUGACAACUCCAUCAUUGAGCAGGCUCUUGGGAAGUUCGGAAUUAUUUGCACAGAAGACCUCAUCCAUGAGAUCUUGACAGUGGGACCCCAUUUUAAGGAAGCCAACAAUUUCCUGUGGCCCUUCAAGCUGAAAGCUCCUCUGGGUGGUCUUAAGAAGAAGAGGAAUCACUAUGUGGAAGGAGGUGACGCUGGGAACCGCGAGAACUACAUCAACGAGCUAAUCAGAAGGAUGAAUUAGGUUUUUUACAUUUUGUGUUGUUUCUCCAAAGUUUAUGGAUUUAUAGGUUUUUUAUCAUUUGAAGUAUCGGUUUUGGAAUCAGAAUGUUUUGCUACUAUUGUUUCAUCAUUAGUGUACUUUUUAUCCAUGAAUUAUUAUUGUUGAGAACGGUUUAAAUUUUGAUUUUAUUCCAGAAAUUUUG